AUGUUCAACUCCCGAAGCUUGUUCGGCACUUCUUCGACGGCGUUAUACAGGCCAAAGAAGACUAAAAAGAAGAAGAAAAAAGGAGAAGAGGAAGACGAAGGAUUUGUCGAAGGCGACGGUGCAAAUGUUGAUCCAUGUGAUUUGGUAGACUACUCCAAAGCGAAAAGGUGCAAAGAAAGGGUUCUCUUCAAGAACUACGAAAAAACCAAAUACGGAGGUCAUCCACCAAAGAUAAAAGUCAUGCCAAUGGCGUUAAUGCCAUUAGCGGAUCAUGAAAAGAAUGGCGUGCUGGUUUACUCCACCGGCUAUCGUAUGGAAGUUGUGGGUAAGAUGGACGAUUUCAAAAUGAAUGCAGGCUUUUUGAAUAGUAGGGGUGUUUUGUUGCUGCAUUUGGCUCACAACAAGAUUGUUGAUCAGUUUGCCAGUGAAGAGUUCCUGCGAAAGUGGCAUCCGUAUCUCUAUAAUCCUGACGGAACUGUGGUUGCAAAUCCCUAUGGCGCUCAUGCAGGACUUGCAAUAUAUUACAUGAGGAGACGCAACACUUUGUCGCAGAUCCCUCAUUCCAGAACAGGUUUCAACACUCAAUCACAGGCCCCUGAUUCCGGAAGAGGCUCUCCCUUAGACGAACUCGCUGCGGGAGAUCAUGCGCGGAUACCUAGUGCCAUGGAAAUUGCACGUCGUGGAACAACGAACACUUUCAACGACUUACAAUCUGCCAGGCCAAGUACGCGUCUGUUGGAAGUGCCGGAAGUGGAGACCCUCGAAGUGAAGCUGUGGGAGACUGAAGUGGAUGUAGAUUGUACAGAAAAGCUUCUGUUGAAUCCCUUUGAAGCGUCCAAGUGGAAGACGAAGCCGAUAGAGAAAAUCCAGCGGUUUGUUAGAGGUUCUACCAUUGCCGCUAGAAUGGAGAAGGUACCGUUGGCUAUAUCUUCCUUCCUUCUCAUAACUUUCAUCGUCGGUGCAUAA